ACAGCUCUGGCCAAAAAUCAACGGUAGCGAAAAUUCCUUGCUCGCAUCGAACUCUCCGCCCGACCUGACCCCCACCCAUCUCCCAUGGCUGCGGCGGCGGCGGCGGCGACGACGGUGACGGUGACGGCCACCCGCCUCCACCCUCCUCUCGUCCUCCACUCCGCCGCACGGCCCCAGCCCCCGCUCCGCCUCCGCCUCCUCCUCCCCACCCCACCGCCGCUCCGCCUCCGACACCGCUUCCCGCUCCUCGCCGUCGCCUCCGCCUCCGCCGGCGAAGGCCGCGCGGAGGAGGCCGCCGAUAAGAGCGACAAGGCCCGGCAGCUUCAGCGGAGGGUGCUCGUGGGCAUCGCCAUCGGGGUCGGCGCGGGCGGCGUCGUGGUCGCCGGCGGCUGGGUGUUCACCGCCGCCAUUACCGCCGUCGUCCUCGCCGGUGCCCGCGAGUACUUCGGGCUCGUCCGUGGCACCGCCGCCGGCGGCAGCACCCCUCCGCCGCGCUACGUGUCCCGCGUCUGCUCCGCCAUCUGCGCCCUCAUGCCCAUCCUUACGCUGUGCUAUGGCCGCAUGGAUGUUCCCCUGACAUUAUCGGCAUUUAUUAUUGCAAUAUCUUUGGUAUUGCAAAGAGGAAACCCCCGUUUCGCUCAGCUAACUAGUUCAGUUUUUGGUUUAUUUUAUUGUGGCUAUCUUCCUUCUUUCUGGGUUAAGCUCCGUUGCGGACUAGCAGCUCCUGCCUUAAAUACAAGUAUAGCACAUAACUGGCCAAUACUUCUUGGUGGGCAAGCUCACUGGACAGUUGGAUUUGUAGCAACCUUGAUAUCUAUUACUAGCAUUAUUGCUGCUGAUACAUCAGCUUUCCUAUGUGGAAGGGCAUUUGGCCGUACUCCUUUGACUAACAUAAGCCCUAAGAAGACCCUGGAGGGUGCUUUAGCCGGUCUGACUGGCUGUGUGCUUACCACUGUGCUUUUGUCGACUCUCUUUCGCUGGCCAAGAUCGCUGUUGAGUGCUACUGCUUAUGGGAUCCUGAUCUUUCUGGGUUCAUUAUUCGGGGAUCUCAUUGAAUCUCUUAUUAAGCGUGAUGCUGGUGUGAAGGACUCUGGGUCGCUCAUUCCUGGCCAUGGUGGUAUUCUUGACCGGGUCGACAGCUAUGUCUUCACAGGGGCGCUUUGUUACUCCUUCGUCCGAGUAGCUCUACCCCUGUAUGGAGUCUGAUUUACUGCAGAGAGAAAUCGGUCUCCUUGUACCUUCGACGACAUUGUCACCCAAUGUAAUAUCGUGUUGGGGCCUUGAUGAGAUGGCCAGGAUCAGCUCCCUUGGCUGCACAAUAUGAGAAUUUGGUGGCUGGCUGUAAAAUGGGAUAAGAUCAUAGGAUGUGGCUGCUAACUAAGCGGUGUUUCUUCUUCAUACGGGAUCGAGCUGUUUCUUCUUUGGCGCCAAAAUGGUGAAAACUUGUCACUUUUUGUGUACAUAGUUUUUUCUUUUAUUUUUGUAGAGUAAAAAGGGAACGCGGGUGAUUGACUACAAGCUACUACAUAUCUUAAGAAGUGUAUUAAGGUUGUCUAUGGGAUCCUGGUA